UAUCUGCGCUGCGUUCAGUUCUGAGCGGACACUGCCCCCAGGUGCGCCAACGUUUCACCUCCGUCAACACGGCGGCCUUGUGCGACGAGAACAAACUUCGAGUCGUAGUUAACUGUACAGUCCAGCAGCCAUGGCGGCUGAAACCGACAGAGUAGAGCCCACGGAGAGCGAGCAGGACGAGGAAGAGGAUGUGUACGAAGUGGAGCGGAUCAUAGACAUGCGGGUGGAGGAGGGUGAAGUGCUGUACAGAGUUCGCUGGAAGAAUUACUGCUCUGACGAUGACACGUGGGAGCCAGAGGCCCAUUUAGAGGACUGCCGGGAAGUCCUGUUGACUUUUAAGAAGCAUCUGACUGAGGUUAAAGCCAAGAAGGAAGCUGAAUCCAAGAAAAGUGUGAAAGUGUUGCCAAUGAAAAGUGACGUUUUUGAUGCAGACUCAGAGUGUGACAGUGAGAAAGAACGUCCGUCUGAAUUACCAGUUAAGAAGAAGAAGAAGAAGAAGAAAAUCAGGGACGAAGACGAUGAAGAGCCUCCUCCAAAGGAGAAAAAGAAGAAGAAGAAGAAGGACAAACGUAUAGAUGAGUUGAGACCCCUUCCCGCACCAGAGACGGAUGAAGAAGAAGACCGAGCCCCAACACCUCCCUCUCCUCCUAAGGAGAAAAAGACUGAAACAAAGAAACGUUUUGCCGACUCUGAUGAAGAUGACGACGAGCCUGUUCCUUUGAAAAAACACAGGAAGGAGAAGGCAAAGGAGGCAGGAAAGCAUAAGAAAGACAAAAGAGAAGAGGGAAAGAAAAAGAAAGCCAAAAAGGAGCGAAAAAUUGAAACCUCCGAAGAUGAAGCUACUGCUCCGCUGGAAGAAGACCUGAGUGACGGUCCGUCUGAGCCGCAGAUGGACGAUUCUGGAUCAGCACAAACCGUAACCAAGUCAGGGGAAAAGGCAAGUUUGGAAGAUAAGUUCAAGCAAAAGAAAGGCAAGUGGGAGGUAAAGCUGCAGGGCAUCAAGGACCUUAUGUACGACAAAAAGAGCAAAAAAACUGACGGCACCCAAAAAGAAGCUGGCCUGCAAAAACUCAAAAGUCACAUUUCUAAAAGCAAGGAGGAUACCGCUCCACAAUCGGACUCCAGUGACAGCUCCACCCUGCAUAAAAAGGCUAAGAGCAAAGGAAGUGAGAGCGCAUCAGGACCACAAAAGGCCCCUUCUUCCUGCUCCUCCUCGUCCUCAUCCUCCUCUACAGCUGUGAGUACCGUCAAGGUAAAGGAGGACGAAGGGACUAAAGAGGAGGUGUUGGGACAGAAGGAUGCUAGUGGCUCAACUAACCUGUUUGAAAAGUUCCUGCUAAACUGUGAGGCCAAAGAUCGAGCUCCUCGCAGGCCACCGACUCACCCACCUGCUGCAGAGAAGAGCAGCAGCAAGCCCACCAAGUUAAUAGGAAAGAUUGAAAAGUUUUCCAAGCCUGCUAAGGAGUCUCCUACUCAGAAACCAGAGCACGAGAAGACGGACAGGACCAAGCAACAAGACGCUACCAGACCGGGCCAUAGUUAUGGCUUUAGCCUGGACAGUGACGAGCGAGAAGAGGAGUGCACGGGAAAAGCACGGCCAACAGAUGAUUUCAGAGAACGAAAGGAGAGGCCUGAGGAUGUGCAGCGUCCAAGCUGGGAGAAGAAAACAUCAGCUGAUGAUAGGAGGAAGAGGAGAGAGGACAGUGAGCCCAGACUCUACGUGGCCUGUGAUGAGAAUCAGGAGCCACCAGAGGCCUCUGACAGAUCUGACAAGAGCCAAGCCACUUUGUGUCUUGGAAUGGAUCUCAACCUGGACUGGAUGACUCUGGAUGACUUCCAGAAGCAUCUGAAUGGAGAAGAUGAGAUUUUAUCAGGGCCACCUUUAUCACCCAGUGAGUUGCGAGAUGCUGUGAAAAGUGGAGACUACAUGGCUGUAAAGUUGGCCUUAAAUUCCAAAGAAGACUACAAUCUUGAACAGGAGGAUGUCAGUGGUAUGUCUCUGUGCAUGCUGGCUGCAGCUGGUGGACAAGACGACAUCCUGAGGCUGCUGAUAAAGAAAGGAGUGAGAGUGAACGCUAGACAAAAGAACGGCACCACUGCACUGAUGCAUGCUGCUGAAAAGAAUUUCUUGACGACUGUUGCCAUCCUCCUGGAGGCGGGCUCCUACGUCAACGCUCAGACUCUUGGAGGAGAAACCGCUCUCAUGAAGGCGUGCAAACGAGGAAACGCUGACAUCGUGCGCCUCCUGCUGGAGUACGGAGCUGACUGCAACAUCCUGUCCAAACACAAGAACACUGCUUUGUAUUUCGCCAAUUUCAGCAACAACCUUCUGGUUUGUGACCUUGUGAAGGACCAUAUUAACAUGCUGUCCAGUGUGGCUGAGGACACCAUCCGAGCAUACUUUGAGUCUCGUCUGGUUCUGCUAGAACCCGUCUUCCCUCUGGCGUGCCACAGGCUCUGUGAGGGGCCCGACUUUUCCAUGGAGUUUGGCUUCAAGUCGCAGCCACAGCCAGAGGGUUCAGGUAUUCUGCUCUUCAUCUUUCACGCCAACUUCCUGAAUGAGAUCACAGCCAGGCUCUGCGGACCCUGUAGUGUGCACGCUGUCGUGCUCAACGACAAAUUCCAGCUGCCUGUUUUCCUGGACAGUCACUUCAUCUACUCUUUCAGCCCAGUUCCAGGUAUCAACAAACUCUUUAUUCGUCUUGCUGAAGCACCAACAGCAAAGGUCAAGCUCCUGAUCUGUGCGUACAGAGUCCAGCUCCAGUGAUGAUCGUGUCUGAGUACCACACUUCCUGACCUCAGACCACAGCCCGGCUCCACAGAUCUGAGGACCCCCGCGGUGCAGAAGCCACCGAGCGCGCCGUCGUCGUCGCUGCUCUGCAGCUUCUGGACGGACGAGGCCGUCUCCGUCCAUGAGCACGUGUCGUGCCUCUCUGAGCUCCACCUGCACACACGCUGGAUAAGAUGGAUGUUGCUACUUUAGUACUUGGAGAACGUACACAAUGAACUUUGUCCUCUGCAUUUUUAGCAUUUUACUUGGACCAAACUCACUUCCUGUCGCUCAUGAUGUUAUUUAUAGCAGCCUGUUGUUGUAGCGUAGCGUAGCGACGUGCUCUGCUCCUGGAGAAGAACCUCAUCGUUUCACUCCGUUUCCAAAAGUUCAGAACCAGAGGGGUUUGUUUUCUCUGCUCACAUCAAAGCAACGGGUGAUGAAGAUGAAUCGAUGGAUGGUCCCAUCACUCCACACACAUCAUCACACACAAACAGCAAAUGUUUAUACUUUUAUGCAUCUUUCCCAUUUUAUGGUUUACCAUGUGUUAAUGCAGCGAGGUUAUUUUAAAGUU